AAAUCUAUAGUACACGUAACAUGAACUAUAGAUUUUCAGUACUGGCAGUAAAUUUCGGAACACAGCCUGAGGAUGUAUGAGGAAGCAUAAUUUAUGUGAUAAUGAACUGUGAGAAAUGUUUACUCGUGCGUAAGCUUGUUUAACGCACUUUAUUUAACAUACAUUUUAUAGGAUAAUUGAAGUAUUGAUUAUUUAUUUCUUUAAAAUCACGAUUUGUACAAUUGUGAACUAAAAAAUUAUAUUUUUUUAACCUAAAAAUGAUACAAGUGUCUAGAAACGUGGCACGUACUUCACUUUCUAUAUGGCAGUCUAUUUUUGUAACACCAAUGGCUGGUUUAAAGACCUUUCCUCCUCCAAUAAAAUUUGGUGAUAUUGAAUAUCCAGAGAGAUCAAGACUCAGAGUAGUAGAGAAAGUUCCACAAUUUCCACCAGGAAUGCGUCCUCCUAAAAUGCAAAAGCGAUUAAGAUACAUGCGGGGCCCAGAGCCCAUACACAAUUUUCUUAUGUAUAGGCAAUUUGGUAUUAUUGCUACAGCAGGAGGUAGACUGAAAUACGGUCACUUCGAAAUGAUACGCUUAACAAUUGGUAAAAAAAUUGAUCCAGACAGAAUGUUUGCAAUUUGGCGUGUGGAUCCACCAUGGCAACCAGUAACAAAAAAGGGACAAGGACAUCGUAUGGGUGGAGGUAAAGGUUCUAUUGACCACUAUGUUACUCCUAUUAAAGCGGGACGAGUUAUUGUAGAAAUCGGUGGCCAUUGCGAAUAUUUCCAGGUAAAGAAAGUAUUGACUCAGGUAGCAAAUCAGCUACCGUUCAAAGCUAGAGCUGUGAGUCAAGAGAUUUUGGAUAAAGAGGCAGCUAAAGAGAAAUGGUUAGAAGAAAACAAUCAACAUCUUUGGACUUGGAAAUAUAUGGUUCAGAAUAACAUGCUCGGUUGUCAUACAUGGAUAUCACCAUUUGAUAAAUUUUGGUUUAAUAAAUAUUUAUAAAUAACGAAAAAAUA